AUGCACCUCUAUAAUGCUUUAAUCCGUACACACCACAUAACCUCACGCAAGAAAGUCGCGACGCUGAAACGUGCCGCCGACUCCCACGAAUGCUCCGUUCUUCUCCGGUCCGGCGGAUGUCCGGGGAUCAUGUACGUCGAAGGCCGAGGCAAGGAACGAGUUGAGCUGUGGGUUGAUGUUGUGCGGAAGUUGCGGUACAAAGAUUUUCAGCUGGUUACUCGGCCUGGGGCUCUGGAGGUGGAAGAAGGUGAACAUGGCACAGUCAAGAGAAAAGCCCAAGAAAAAGUCAAUGAGAAAGAGGGCGCUGGUUUGGCGUUGGGGUUGGAUGAGGUGGAGAGUGUUAAAGAGUUUGGGGGGGUUAUGGCCAAGAGGGGAGUUUGGAAUUGGUGGAGGAGAGGGAUGGGGUAUGCUUGA